UUCCCAGCCUAACCUAACGUCCUAGAUCUAAACAUGGCCUCCUCUCCCAAGUUUAAAAUAUGCACUUCAAUUCUUUCGUUCAGGAACGACGCCGUUUGUUAGGACGCAGUGAAGAACCCUAACCCUAAUUAGUGUUCGCAUUCAUUGUAACGAUGGAAAACAUAUGCGUUUUGUUGACCUAUCCAGUUCCAGAAUACCUUGUACAAAAACUCGAAAAACGAUUUACAGUCUUCAAGUUCCGUGAAGUUGCUUCCAACCCUCAGCUCCUAAGAGAAAUCUCAAAUUCAAUAAGAGCAAUCGUCGGCACCUCCGUAUGCGGCGCCGAUGCCGGACUCAUUGAUGCAUUGCCGAAGUUGGAGAUUGUGGCGAGUUACAGCGUAGGUUUCGACAAGAUCGAUUUGGUGAAGUGCAAGGAGAGAGGCAUUACCGUUACAAACACGCCCGAUGUGCUUACGGACGAUGUGGCGGACUCGGCGAUCGGGUUGGCUUUGGCAACGUUAAGGCGAAUGUGCGUCUGUGAUCGGUUUGUGAGAAGCGGGAAAUGGAAGAAAGGCGAUUUUGAAUUGACCACGAAGUUCAGUGGUAAAUCCAUUGGAAUUGUUGGGUUGGGCAGGAUAGGUUCAGCAAUUGCAAAGAGAGCUGAAGCUUUUGGCAGCUCAAUUAGUUACCACUCCAGAUCAGAGAAACCAGAAUCGAAUUACAAAUAUUAUUCUAACAUAAUCGACUUGGCCACCAACUGUCAAAUCCUCUUUGUGGCAUGUGCUCUGACCAAAGAAACGCACCAUAUUGUUGACCGCAAAGUCAUUGAUGCACUGGGUCCAAAAGGCAUUAUCAUCAACAUUGGACGGGGUGCACAUAUUGACGAACCUGAGCUUGUGUCUGCACUGCUUGAAGGCCGGUUGGCUGGUGCAGGGCUGGACGUGUUUGAACAUGAGCCAGAGGUACCUGAAGAACUGUUGGGGCUUGAAAAUGUAGUCCUCCAACCUCAUGCGGGAAGCGAUACCGUGGAAACGAGUGUGGCAAUGUCAGACCUUGUAAUCGAUAACCUAGAGGCAUGCUUCCAAAACAAACCUGUCUUAACUCCAGUCAUUUGAUUUGUCGUAAGGUAUGUGAACAUGAUCACUUAAAGUCAUUGAGAUGGGAUUUGAAUCAUUUGAUUUACCGUCUGAAUUUGACUAAAAUGUUACUAAAAAUUAUGUAAAAUUGUCAUUAAGACUUCUAUUCAGACAAUAUAUAUGAAAGUGUUUGGGAUCAAAAUGCCGUUUGUCAAUCCAUUUUUAGACAAUCAAGUUAGUUGAUUGUAAUUGCAAGUUGCAACUACCUUUGCCUGCAUCCAUGCUGUGAGCCUAACCGAAUUAUAUCGUCUGUUAGAACCGUAGAAGGCCUUCUUGCUCACACAAGAACUGUCUUAACGGAUGAAAGAUUACAUGUUUUUGCAGAGCUAAAUUUGAUUCCCUUAGUGAUUGUUGAAUGGUAUGAUGCAAUGUGUGGAAAGAAUCAGAUGCUGAAAAUUCAUAAGUUGGGGACAAGCUUUGGUUGGACAAUUGUGGGAAUCUUGCAGCUGUCAUUCCAGCAUCAGGAAUAGAUGCCUAAUCUGGAAUCUCAUUAACUAGCAUUCCAAGCAACCAAUUUUUUCUCAGCAUCCAAACAGAGCAUGAAAGUGUAAAGGACAAAUGAAAAAGAAAUGCAUUUUAAAGGGGAUGGAGACAUCAUAUGUACAAAGAGGACAUUGUGCCUGCCCCUUAGAUAUAUUACAGGGCCCUCAUCACAAUGACGAGAUCCAAAAAGCUCCAUGUGGCCUUGUGGAUGUAGGUGCCUCCCAACAUUCUUUUUUCUUGUUUUUUUUUUUUUUUCCUUCCAUUUUCCCGCACCUUAUUUUCCCCCAUGUCAAGCAACAACCGAGUUAAAGAUCAAAGGGGAAAAGACAAAAAGACAAAAAGAACCAAAAGGAAGGGGUAAAAAAACAGCCGGAAGAGAGAACUGCACUGCACUUUUUUUUUUCAUCUCUUCUUCUUCCAUUUUCUCCAAGUUUCUUUGCAACCGAACACAGCCUCAGUCCGAAGAAGAGGCCCCUUUGAAGAUGAGGAAAUUGAGAGUCUCCAGUGUGAAAUAUAUAAAAGUUCCCUUGGAAUGAGUGAAGAAACAUCCAAAAUUUGAACCCACCACACAUUGCCAUCCAGUCCCAUAUAUCAUAUCAAACUCCU